CCGCAAUGAUUAGCCCUAAUACUCCUCCGCGGUCCAUAUAUGAUGCUCUCUAGACAGCUCUUCUACAGGCAGCUUUGCGAUCUUUCACUGCAUCUGGUACAAGCCGAUCUCUUUUUUUCGACGUCUGGAUUGGCGGAACGCGUAUGCCUCCGCUCUGUCCCAACAACUCCUAUUCCCAACAGGUCUCAGAUACAUGGAUGUCUGAAGAGUACCUAAUCAAAAUCACCUACUCCAGGACCUCUUAUUCUAGAUGAUACUAAAAGCAUCAAUAUCAAAACUCCUUGUCCAACCACUUGGACCCACUCAAUCACGUUACAGAUCGUUCCAACUAGACUAGAGCAUGGACGCUAUGACUGCGGCCAGCAAAGAGGCCGUUGAGUCACUCUCUAAUAUAGCACAAAAGACAACAGCAAAGAUCGAAGAUCGCUUAACAGUUUUGUGGCCCGAGAUAGAAGAAUGGCAGCAGGAUAACCAUUACAUCUGGUCUGGAUAUCGUCCGGCAAGCAAUUCCUUUUCUCGGUCGUUUGGUAGCCUGGGAUAUAUACACAAUGAGACUGUCAAUAUCUACACCCAUCUUCUUGGAGCUGUAGUAGCCGUCAUAGGCGCCAUCGCCAUGUACAACAUCUUCAAGCCCCGGUACGACCUCGCAACAUCUGAGGACGUCAUUGCCUUUUCCUGCUUCUUUGUAGGUGCCACUGCGUGUCUCGGCAUGUCUGCAACGUUCCACACAAUUUCGAAUCAUUCUCACUCUGUCGCCGCAUUCGGAAACAAGCUUGAUUACUUAGGUAUCCUCUGUUUGAUUUGGGGCUCUUAUGUUCCGACUCUCUAUUAUGGAUUCCAGAGAGAUGAGCGACUGGUCAAGAUCUAUACAGGAACCAUCACGGCGAAUUGUUUUGGUACAGCCAUGCUCUGUAUCAUGCCAAGAUUCCGCACUGCCGCCUUCAGACCACUCCGCGCGGGUAUGUUUGUCCUGACAGGUUUGACUGGUGUCAUUCCCGUCGUCCACGGAGUGUUUCUGCACGGUUGGCCAACGAUGGAAACUCAGAUGGCUCUGAGUUGGGUCAUCAGUCAGGGAACUAUGUACAUUAUCGGGGCCGGCAUAUAUGCAGCCCGCGUGCCUGAGCGAUUUUUCCCAGGAAAGUUUGAUAUCUGGGGCUCCAGUCAUCAGAUUUUUCAUUGCUUCGUGGUAGCCGCAGCAGCUAUACACUUUGUCGGCCUUGUCAAAGCUUUCGACCACUGGCAUGGGUUGAGAGCUACGUCUCCACAUAUGCAAGUAUUCAAGGACUAUAUAUGGUGGAAGUAGAUCGCCCGAUCUCACAUCUUGCGCAGCACAGCAUCUAGAUCAGUAGAGAUGAUUAGAUCAUGCUCUCCAACCACAACCACUUCAUCGGAAAUGUCCAACAGAUCUAUGCGUGUCAGCCUCUCAAGGAUUUGCUACGAGUCUAAAGACACAAGAACUGGCUAGCAUACCAAAAGAGCAAUUAGUCUAGACCGGCAUCUUUUCGUCCUCGCGCUUGCAGAAAGUCGAUAUUCUAGAUUGUCUCACGUUCAUGAUCUCAUCAGCCGCGGCAGUAUUGUAUAUGUAGCUCCACCUGGAUCCUCAUUAAGCC